AUGAUGAGAAGCACAAAGCAUCAAUGGAAAACCUUACUCUUCUACCUUUUUGCUUCUUUCUUAACCUCCAUCUUCGUAACACCAGAGGCAAUAGACAGCAUAUCUGCAUGCCAAACAAUUAAAAAUGACGAGUCCAUUGUAUCGGCUGGUGGGACCUUUGAAUUGGGGUUCUUCAGCCCAGAAAAUUCAGAGUAUCGAUUCUUGGGAAUAUGGUACACAAAUAUAUACAGUUCAGUGGUAUGGGUUGCAAAUAGAGAAACCCCACUCACUGAUUCAUCUGGAGUUCUAAAAUUGGAGGAUGGAAUUCUCACUCUUCUCAACCAGAGCAACAAUAUCAUUUGGUCUUCCAGAAUGAAGAUUGGAAGAAUAGUUGAAGGAAUAGACCUGUACAUCUCAUCGUGGAAAAGCAUCGAUGAUCCUUCCCAAGGAAACUUUACGUUGGAGAUUGACAGCAGUGGAUUACAAGUGAUUCUGAAACAAGGUAUGGCAGUGAAAGCUCGAUCAGGAAUGUGGAAUGGGCUUGGGUUUAGUGGGAUGCCCAUUAUGAAACCAAAUACCUUGUAUAACUUCACUUAUAUUUCUAACCAGAGGGAGAAAUACUUCACUUACGAGCUUCUUAACAAAUCAGUAAUCUCAAAGAUGGUUUUGGAUGAAAGUGGUAAAAUGGAGCUCUUUACCUGGAAUGAUCUUGCUCGCAAUUGGAUUGGCUUCUCAGUCGUACCAAUGGACAAAUGUGAUGCUUAUGCUUUGUGUGGCGUUAAUGGUAUCUGCAGCCUCAGCAACAGUCAAACAUGUGGAUGUUUGAAUAGAUUUAUCCCAACAAAUUGGGAGACAGAUUGGAGAAGUGGGUGUGCUCGGAUAAUGUCUUUAGAUUGUCAGAAAGGAGAUGGAUUCAUUAAGGUAUUCCAACAUCAAAUUGCCUGA